AAAAACUUGCUAGUGAAACCACACGGGCAGAGAGUACAGAAACUUCCUUCAAAACAGUUAAACAGAAUUAUGAAGCUGAAAGUACGUAUCGUCGUCCAUCUACUUAUAUGUGGGGCAACCUUCAUGCUUUUAAGCAAAUGGUAUUACAGCAAAGCAUUAGAAAGUCCAGAAGAUCAGAAAAAGAUGGUAGAUUGCAGGCUUCUAUUGAGAGGCAAUCCUGACUAUGUCGAAAAGGUUAGCUUAAUAAAACAAAAUACAGAUACCAUUUAUACUCUGAAGAAACUUUUAGAAAAUUGUUCCAAUUUCUGUCUGUUCCAUGGAUAUUUUAGCAAACCGGCUACUCAAAUGGAGCUUGAUUACCCAAUUGCAUUUGCCAUCAAAAUGUAUGACAAACCAAAGCAAUUUGAAAGAUUACUAAGAGCAAUCUACUUGCCACAUAAUGUUUAUUGUAUCCAUGUUGAUGCGAAGACUGAUAACAAUACAUUUGAACUGAUAAAAAGCAUCAGCACUUGUCUACCAAAUGUUGUACUUGCAGAGAAUCGAAUAAAUGUUGUAUAUGCUACUUUUAGGCAUUUACAAGCUGAAGUAGAAUGCAUGAAGGCAUGCAUCAAAUCCAACGUAAAAUGGAAAUACUACAUAAAUCUUACUGGUCAAGAAUUUCCAUUGAAGACAAACCUGGAAUUAGUUGAAAUUCUGAAGAUUUUCAAUGGAACUAACGAUAUUGAAGCAUUCAAGCACCCCAAACAUUUAGAUUGGCGUGUAAAAUAUAAAAUAAAAAUCAAUGAGAAAUCACUGAGUAAAACAAAUGAAAGCAAACUACCAUUGAAAUAUCAAAUACCGUUGUAUAAAGGAAGUGCUUAUGGGAUGUUUUCACGAGACUUUGUUGAAUUUGUCUUAGAAGAUGAUGUUGCAAUGACCAUUUUUAAUUGGCUGAAUGAUACAUACUCACCAGAAGAAAAUAUCUGGUCAACUCUUAAUUCCCUAGAAUUUGCCCCAGGUGGCUCUGGUGGCGUUGAAAUCCGACAUGAUAAACAUAACUUUGUCUCAAAAGCUGUUAUAUGGGAUUGGGAUCCAGUUAAAUGUUCCGGUAAAUCAAAACGUAGUGUUUGUAUUUAUAGUAUCGGAGAUCUUCCAUGGCUCACAAGCUGUCCCCAAAUAGUAGCCAACAAAUUUGAUGAAGAUACCGAUUCUAUUGUCUUAGACUGUUUAGAAGAGUGGUUAACAAACAGAAGGCUAAGCCAAAAUGGUGAUCAGCUCAACUGGUACUAUUAUCGUAAUCUUCCACAUGUCAGGCAUAAUGCAAAACUCAAAGAUAGUGAAAAAACAAAAGAAUUCCUGCAAAGCAAGAAAAGAAAAUGGCUUUUGCAACAAGAACAAUUUCUUAAACCUGUGACAAAGAGACAGAAUAUCACAGCUGUAAAACAAUGAACAAGAAAGUCUGAGAGAGUUGGAAAAUGGUAGCAUCGUUAAAUUUAUAAUUCACUAACAAGCAGCUACUAACAACAACAAUGAUAAUAAUUUUUCCCAGUUUUGGUACAAGAUCUAUUCUGCCUCCUGAAAACUUAACUUUUGUGUCCAAAAAUUCAAUGUAAAUUUUAUGUCAGCCUGAGUUUUUGGCAUAACAGUCACAGAAACACAAACAAAAAGUCAAUAAAACUAUCGAGUGACAGAGUUAUUUGGGAAGCCGACGUCAUCCCACUUUUGCCUCCACCGCCGCCCCGAUCAUCCACAUCAUAUUAUUCGGUCAAAUCCGAAAUACUAAUUUUUGAAGAUAAAAUGGAUUUGUACUGAUGAAGGGGAUUGCUGGAAACAAGCAAAUGCUUUUGUAAGUCAUUAUGCCAAACACAGUUACAGUGAAUCAUGAUUAAAGGGAAUCGCGAAUGACAUGACUAAGAUUAGCAAAGAAAGGGAAACUUUCAGGCAUACUUUUAGCAAACAAAGUAAAAUGUGUGACAGAAUUCCUUCAGUGAUUAACUGGCACCGCCGAAAUGUUGCUGGCAUUUCAAAAGUGUUACAUGAAAAUUACCAACAUCUUGUGGAAGAAUAUUAUAAUUUCAAACUAAUGUUCCAUGUCACCUAUAGUAGCUUAUAGAGAGAAUAAAAAUGUGAGAGAAUUAUUAAUCUCUACUUCUGACUCCAAGAAAACCAACAUUGGAGUUUCUGUGCACUGUACCUUGAAAAACAGCUGCAAUAGAGGUAAGACCUGUUCAUUGCGCAACAACAUGAGUCAAGUGAAUUCCAUCAGGAAUCAUAACAGAAAUGUUAUGAUUUAUACAGAAGGUGGAUCAUGUAGAGAUUCCCAUUUGGUGUAUGCAGCAGAAUGCACGAAACACAACUUGAUUUAUGUUGGUUGUACAACAGAAUAAUUAAACAAAAGAUUCAGUGGGCAGAGAUAUGACGUCAGGCACAAUAGCAGUAGUUUGACCGAACCUGCCGAACAUUUUGCAUCAAACAGCUUCAAUUUUGGAAAAGACUUGAAAAUGCCUCUUCUC